AUGUCGAUGCUUAAUCUCGCCAGCGAUUCAGUAAACAAGUUCACCAUGGCUUUGUAUUCAAAACUAGUGAUAAAUAAACCGAAAGAAAACAUGUUUUACUCGCCAGCAAGUAUCUAUGUUGCACUGGCCAUGACAUACGCUGGAACUAAAGGCAAUACAGCAAAGGAAAUCGAGCAAGUCAUGAACUGGAAUAAACCCGAAACUGUCCAUGAAAUGAUGCAUUCACUACAAGAGUCCAUCUUGUCUACAUCAGGGAAAUGUUCCGGAAUCGAGUUGAGCCUUGCUAAUCGUUUGUGGGCACAGGAAUCAUAUCCCAUUUUGAAAGAAUAUACAGACAUACUGCAGUCGUAUUACAAAGCGGAAAUGGGCGCAGCAGAUUUCGUAAGUCAUACUGCAGAGGCAAGACAAACCAUUAAUCAAUGGAUAAAAGAAGAAACGAAUGAUAAAAUCACAGACUUAAUCAAAGAUGGCGUGUUGACGGCUGCCACUCGUCUGGUACUCACGAAUGCUGUCUAUUUCAAAGGGUUUUGGGAAAAGCAGUUCAAGAAAGGAAACACACAUACUGGUGAUUUUAAAGUGAGCAAAACUAAAACUAUUAAAAUUAAAAUGAUGAACAAAACUGACAGAUAUUUAUAUGGAAGAAAUGAAGAAUUAUCAUGUCAAGUUCUGAAGUUGCCGUACAAAGAAAAUAAAAUGGCGAUGAUAAUUUUGUUGCCACAUGAAGUUGAUGGCUUGGUUAAGCUUGAAGGCAAGCUCAAUGCGGAGUAUAUCCGCAAAUGUGAUAAAAUGAUGAGCAACGAAAGUGUAGAAGUCAGUCUUCCAAAGUUUAAGUUGAAUUGCCAGUUUAACAUGAAAGAAAUCCUGUCACAACUUGGCAUUUGCGACUUGUUUCAUGUUGAUAAUGCGGAUUUGUCGGGGGUAACCGGUGAUAGAGACUUGUAUGUUUCCCACAUUAUUCAUCAGGCAUUCGUGGAUGUGAAUGAGGAAGGUACAGAAGCUGCAGCUGCUACUGCCGCUGUUGUGAAUGCGAGACGCAUGCCACUUCCACCUGAACUUUUCCGGGCAGAUCAUCCAUUCCUAUUUGUCAUUCAGGAUUGUGAGUCAGGCGCCAUCUUGUUUCUAGGCAGGGUUGUUAAUCCCGAAUAG